AUGGUCUACCGCUCAUCGUGGCGCGGAAAUGACUUUGGGUGUCGAACUGCGAAGUACAGCGGAGGUUUAUCCUCCAGCAGGGUCUCCCAAGCUGAGAAGGAGAUCGACGUUUACGGUUCCCCGGAUGCCCAGCUAAGAGUAAGCCAUGCCAGAAGCAUCACCGUUUGGCUGAUUCAAUCGCUAGGUGGACAUGUCUCCCUGAUCCACAUAAGGACACCAUGGAUUUCGGACUUAAAGGACACGUCAACGACUUGUCAUGGAGAUUGUCUCAUGCUCUGCACCUACAACGCCAGGACAGUCUCCACCCACGCCAAUCUUCAAGCGCUUCCCGAAGCUGCAGGGCGCAUCAACUACCACGUAAUUGCACGAAACAAAGUCCAGGAAGACGGACGUGGGGCAGCUGAGUGA